AUGGCUAACACAUCCUCAACAUUAGCGGAAAAAAAGAAGGUUUUGUUCAUAAUGGGUGCAACUGGAACUGGAAAAACUAAACUUUCCAUCAAUUUAGGUACUCAAUUCCUCUCUCAAAUCAUCAACUCUGACAAAAUUCAAGUCUACAAGGGUCUUGACAUUGUCACUAACAAGGUACCAGAAUCCGAACGUUGUUCGAUUCCACAUCACAUGUUAGGCAUUGUCGAUGAUCCUGAUUAUGACUUCACUGUGAAUGAUUUUUGCAAGCAUGUGCUUGAAGCUCUAGAUCUCAUAAUUGAAAAUGGGCACCUACCUAUUAUUGUAGGAGGGUCAAAUUCUUACCUACAAAAAUUGGUUGAUAGUGCAUUUUGUUCAAAAUAUGAUUGUUGUUUCAUUUGGACCGAUGUGUCUUUGCCUAUUUUGUUUCAAUAUUUAGACAAAAGAGUUGAUGAAAUGGUUGAGGAAGGGUUGGUGGAUGAGAUUAGAGAAUUUUUUGUGCCUGGAGCAAAUUGUGAAGUGGGGAUUAGAAGGGCUAUUGGGGUUCCUGAGCUCAAUUAUUAUUUUGAGAUAGAAAAUAAAAAAGAUAUUGAUAAGGCUCAGAAGGAAAAUAUACUACAAGAAGGGAUUAAAAAUAUCAAACAAAACACUUGGAAAUUGGCUGAAAAUCAACUCUCCAAGAUCCAUAAUAUGGUUAAUAAUCUUGGAUGGAAGAUGAACAAAAUUGAUUCUACAAAAGUGUUUGAUGCUCUUUUAAAGGGAGAAGAAGAUUACAAACAUUUGCAUCAAGAGAUUGUGGUUAAGCCAUGCAUUGAGAUUGUCAAGACAUUUCUAGAGGAGACAACUCAAGCAUUUGGAAAUACAAAUAUAAAAUAUUCAAAUGGUGUUUGA